AUAAACGCCCAUAAUAAGCAGGGAGUUAGGAAUGGCGGGAAUUUGUCGUCAAAAUCCGAUUCUACAUCUCCUCCGCACCACCACUCAAUCACCGUCAAAUUUACACAGAGUCCACGGCGGAGCACGGUGGUGUUGCUGCUCAGUUUCACCGGAAAAUGAAAAUAAAACUAGAACGCCGCCGCUUUUAAGACUGGUAGUGAGUGGUGUUACUGAGUUGCUUAGGCUCUUUUCUUCUUCUGCCCAAGGCAACAGUAUAUUUGACAUUUUUCAUAUUAAAGCACCAGCUAUAUAUGAAGGACUCACUCUAGCUUGGAAGAAAGGGUUUUGCAAGGUUGUGACCAAAAGCGACAAGGCGUUAUUGAUUGAUAUAAUUGGGAGCAAAUUAUGGAGCUGAUAAUAACCUUUCUGAACUUCGUUUAAUACAUGAUUUAUGCAAUCAAGACUGACAACUUAAGUUUCGUCAUGUCUCGCGAGAGCAUAAUAAUUUGGCAGAUUACAUGGCCAAAGUUAUUCUUAGUAAUCUUAACAUGCAAUCAACUUUUGAAGACUUACCUGGUCAUGCUUGAUCUUUGUUUGAAGAAGAUACUCAUCAAGCAAUGGUUAAUAUAGGCUCCCAUCAACUUUAUUGAAGCUAGUUC